AUGCGCUACGCAGACCCCUCGGUGAACAGGGAUUUGCUGGGGAACCGAACUUUGCUCUUCAUCUUCAUCUGCGCCUUCGCCCUGGUGACUUUGCUGCAACAGAUCUUAUAUGGCAGGAACUACAUCAAGAGAGGCCUCCAGUUUGGUUGGCAGAAUGGCGACCAGCUGGACAAUUGGACGGGGCUCUUUAAUGUCACGGACGACCCAGAGUCACCCGGCGGCAGUGACUCCAGCUCCAGGUACUUUGAAUUUUACGAGGGCCCUUUAGAAUAUAACUCCACAAGAUGCCUGGAGCUGAGGAACGAGAUCUUGGAGGUGAAGGUGCUGUCCAUGGUGAAGCAGUCGGAGCUGUUCGACAGGUGGAGGAGCCUGCAGAUGUGCAAGUGGGCGAUGAACAUCUCCGAAGCCAACCAGUUCAAGUCCACUCUGUCCAGAUGCUGCAACGCCCCCUCCUUCCUCUUCACCACCCAGAAGAACACGCCCCUGGGGACAAAGCUCAAGUACGAGGUGGACACCAGCGGCAUCUACCACAUCAACCAGGAGAUCUUCCGCAUGUUUCCCAAGGACAUGCCCUACUACCGGUCCCAGUUUAAGAAGUGCGCAGUGGUGGGCAACGGAGGCAUCCUAAAGAACAGCCGCUGCGGGAGGGAGAUCAACAGCGCCGACUUUGUCUUCCGGUGCAACCUACCCCCCAUCUCAGAGAAGUACACCAUGGAUGUGGGGGUGAAGACGGACGUGGUCACCGUGAACCCCAGCAUCAUCACAGAGAGGUUCCACAAGCUGGAGAAGUGGCGGCGGCCCUUCUACCGCGUGCUGCAGGGCUACGAGAACGCGUCCGUGCUGCUGCCCGCCUUCUACAACACGCGCAACACCGACGUGUCCAUCCGCGUCAAGUACGUGCUGGACGACUUCCAGGCGCCGCAGGCCGUCUACUACUUCCACCCGCAGUACCUGGUCAACGUGUCGCGCUACUGGCUCGGCCUGGGCGUGCGCGCCAAGCGCAUCAGCACCGGCCUCAUCCUGGCCACGGCCGCGCUGGAGCUCUGCGAGGAGGUGCACCUGUUCGGCUUCUGGGCCUUCCCCAUGAACCCCGCGGGCCUCUACAUCACUCACCACUACUAUGACAACGUCAAGCCCCGGCCCGGCUUCCACGCCAUGCCCUCCGAGAUCUUCAACUUCCUGCACCUGCACAGCCGCGGCAUCCUCCGCGUGCACACGGGCACCUGCAGCUGCUGCUGAGGGCGCGCUGGCUGC